AUGGCUCCACCCGCUGCAGAUGUCGAUACUGGCCUCGCCACUACCAUAGUCCCGGUACAAGCGAAGCUUAUAACGUCGGGACAGUCAGCCAUCCGUGAGCCUUUGAAGUAUAGCGGAUCCCUGGACGAAUAUAAGUCCUUUGAUGUCACCCCUGCCAUUGGAAGGGAGUUUCCAGAGGUUCAGCUUACUGAGAUCCUCAAAGACGACACCAAGACCAGAGACCUGGCCAUAACUGGUACGUUGAUAGGAAGCUUGACUGCGCAUAGACAGCACCACGGAAAUUAUCUAACAAAUUUGGUAGUCUCUGAGCGCGGUGUUGUUUUCUUCCGUAGCCAGGAUAUAACUGUCCCGGAUCAGAAGGCCCUUGCUCGUAAACUGGGUGAACUCUCUGGGAAUCCAGAAACUUCAAAGCUCCACAAGCACGCCCUUUCUAACAGCAAGAGGGGCAUCGCUGUCGAUGACAAGGGAACUCUAGACGACGAGAUCUCUGUAAUCUCAUCGGAGCAAACCCGAAAAUUCUACAAAGAGAGAUUUUCCGGUUUCUCAAAGCAGUUUGCAAGCAAGGAAUGGCAUUCCGAUGUUUCUUUUGAGCGAAUUCCGUCUGACUAUUCAAUCUUACGUAUUCACACAGUGCCGGACAACGAACCUGGCGGUGACACCCUGUGGGCAUCGGGGUACGAGGCCUAUGAGCGCUUGUCAACUAUUUGGCAAAGGUUUGCCGAGAGUCUGACUGCAACCCAUCAUCAGCCUAAUGUCUUAGAAGUUGUCAAAAAGCACGGUGUUGAGCUCAUCAACGGCGAACGUGGGUCUCCCGAGAAUACCGGGCUGGACUUCAAGGCUUCGCAUCCUGUUGUGCGGACGAACCCAGUGACGGGAUGGAAGAGUCUAUAUGGGCUUGGUGCCCAAGUGGAGAAGGGUUGGAUUGACAGUGUGACGGAGCAUGAGAGCGAGCUGAUUAAAGCUUACUUUUACGACAUCAUCGCCAAAAACCACGACAUUCAGGUUCGCUUCCGAUGGAACGCUGGUGACGUUGCUAUCUGGGACAACGACUACGAGGGUGUACGCCAAGGCAAUCGAGUCGUUUCCAUCGGCGAGAAGCCGUACUACGACCCCAACUCAGUAUCUCGCCGAGAGGCUCUGAGCGCCCUUGCAAAGAAAUGA